AUGGAGUUAACAAUCGCCAAGAAGGUAGAGAAGUUGUGGGAUAAAUGGGAUAUCCCAGCCUGCGUUCUCUUAAGCCUCUUGAUGCAAGUUUUCUUAGUAAUUUUUGCAUCCUUGAGAAAACGGAGUAGAAAUCCAUUUCUUGUCAUUCUCAUCUGGUCGGCUUACUUGAUUGCCAAUUGGAUCGCUGCAGUUACCAUAGGACUCAUCACCAAAGUUCAGGCUCAGAAUGGCCGCCAUGGGAAUUACCAAGACCUUUAUGCUUUCUGGGCUUCCUUUCUCUUGUUGCAUCUUGGUGGCCCUGAUACCAUUACAUCUUUUGCUCUGGAGGACAACGAACUUUGGCUGAGGCAUUUGUUCGGGCUCAUUUUGCAGGUUAAUGGUGCUGCUUACUGCUCUUUCCUAGCACUUCCCUACAACAAUCUGUGGCUUCCAACCAUUUUGGUGUUCGUUGUUGGAAGUGUUAAAUAUGCAGAGAGGACAAUGUCUCUGUAUCUUGCCAGCAUGAACCAUUUUGGAGCAACUGUUGGAGAACCAAAUGCUGAAGAUGAAGGUACCAAGUUUGAUUUCAAUUCAGAAUCAAACACAUCAAAUCACAUGAAGUUGCUGAUGGUUUCUUAUUCCCUUCUCAAAAGCUUCAAAGGGAUUGUUGGGGGGUUCGUUCUGAGCUCCAAAGCGGCCGAGUCGAGCAGAAAGUUGUUUCUCCAGAUAAACAAACCAAAUGUGUGUUUUAAAUUGAUCGAGUACGAGCUUAGUCUCAUGUACGAGGUUCUUCACACCAAAGUUACUGUGGUACGUAGUAGAAUUGGAUUUAUGUUUCGUUUGAGUAGCUUUUUCUUAAUCAUUGGAGCCUUUUUAUUGUUCUGCUUUGUAGUAGUUAAGGACAAUAAUAAGGAUCAUGAGUUCAGUGGAUUUGAAUUGUCACUUACUUAUGCCUUGCUUAUUGGAGCCAUAGGACUUGAUACCAUAUCUGGAAUUAAACUCCUAUUUUCUGAUUGGAUCAUAGUUUCCAAUAAUGGAUUAAUCAAGAGGUGGAGAAAAUAUAUUCCAGAAUUUGUUUUGAAAAGAAGUAGGUGGUGUGGGUCGGUUUCCCAGUAUAACAUUAUAGAUUAUUGCUUAGAUGAGCGUUUGAUAUGGAAAUGCAAGUUUCCCGACUGCUUUAGAGUCAUGAUAGACGGUGUCAAAUUCAUGUUGUUCCCGUCGUCGUCGUCGGUGGAUGACAUGGAACAACUCAAGUGCUUCAUCUUUGAAGAAUUGACUAAUAAACCGAGGAAUGAUUGGGGUUUAGAUGAAAUAAUGUCAAGCGACAGUGAUGAAAUUAAUUUUGCUCAAAUGGUUCUUCAAUCUCAUUUAACCACUGAAAUUUGUUAUCAUCACCAGACAGUGACAGAAUUAAUGUCCUAUACAAAUGAAAGAAGAAGAGAAAGAAGAAUGAGCAAGCUGAUUUCGGAUUACAUUUUUUAUCUUCUGAUCAUGAAGCCUGAAAUGAUGGGUUCAUCAGUUAGGGGGGCAAAUUGGAAAAAAGUCUUCCAGGAUACAUUUGCAGAGGCCAAGUCACAGUUGAUGCAACACAAAAUAUAUGAUCACGUAGAAGCCUGCAAUCAUUUUAUGAAAUAUGCGGAAGUGAAAGACAAGUCGACGAGCAGGCGUGGAGAUGGAAUGAAUGCUAGUAGCAAAUCGUUGCUGCCGGAUGCAUGUAAAGAUGCACUUAGACGAACAAAUUGGGGUGAACUGUGUCAAUAUUGGCUUUGCUUAUUGUUAUUAGGAGCCAUUAAAUGCAGACCAAUGUUGCAUGCACAGCAGCCAAGUAGGGGUGGUGAACUUUUGACUUUCACUCUGUUUCUCAUCCAGCAUUUAGGCUUGCUCCCUGGGGAUAAGAGCUAG